CUUCUGGCCACACUCGUGCCUACUCCCCCUUUAAGAGACGUGGGCUGGUCGGUGUGUCACCCACCCGUGUCCGAGUUCCCUCUGGCGUGGGGAGGAGAGUUAGAUGGGCCAAACUGAUUGAGGGGAAUAAAUAAAGAGGAAAAGAGAAUAGGGAUUUCCGUCGCGGCUUCUUUGCUCCUCCUCCUCCUCCAUUUUUCUUUUUUUUGCGCACACGUUUUGCGCAUCGGAUGCCGCAGAAAAGCGCCGCACAUUUUGGACGACUGGAAGGAAUAAUCCGAACCGGGUUCAUGGACCGUUGAUUUUUUUAACCCGCAAAAGGAAAUAUUGUACGUGUUGAUUGGAACGAUUCGAUUGAAGAGCGAGCAAAAGAGCGUCUCGUUACGUAACCGAGUGGCUCCCGAGCUGUCCACAGUGCUGAAAAGCGCCCAUCCGCGGAGAAGGUCACAGGCCCGUUUGUCGUGCUGCUGGUGGUGAUACAGAUUGAUCGAUUUUUUUUUUACCCCCUUAAGUAUUCUUGAGAAGAGGGUCCAAAUGUCGGGUCAGACACUCACGGACCGCAUCGCUGCGGCCCAAUAUCAGUUGACUGGUUCGGACAUGGCCAGGGCCGUGUGCAAGGCCACCACGCACGAAGUGAUGGCGCCCAAGAAGAAGCACCUGGAGUACCUGGUGUCGGCCACCAACACCACCAACGUGAACAUCCCCCAGAUGGCCGACACGCUUUUCGAGAGGGCCACCAAUGCCAGCUGGGUGGUGGUCUUCAAGGCCCUCGUCACCACCCACCACAUGUGCGUGCAUGGCAAUGAAAGAUUUAUCCAGUACUUGGCCUCCAGGACUUCGCUGUUCAACCUCAGCAACUUCAUCGACAAAACUGGCUCUCACGGCUACGACAUGUCGACAUUCAUCAGACGGUACGGCCGCUACCUGAACGAGAAAGCCUUCGCCUACCGCCAGAUGGCUUUCGACUUCACUCGGGUCAAGAAGGGUGCCGAGGGCGUGAUGAGGACCAUGACCACAGAGAAGCUCUUGAAGGGCAUGCCCGUCCUGCAGACUCAGAUCGACACGCUUCUGGAGUUUGACGUUCAUCCCAAGGAGCUGAACAACGGCAUCAUCAACGCGGCAUUCUUGCUGCUCUUCAAGGAUUUGGUCAAGCUCUUCGCAUCCUACAAUGACGGCAUCAUCAACAUGUUAGAGAAAUAUUUCAAGAUGAAAAAGAGUGACUGUAAGGAAGCGUUGGAGAUCUACAAGAGGUUCCUGACCCGGGUGACAAAGAUCGGGGAGUUCAUGAAGUUAGCAGAGACCGUCGGAGUUGACAAAAACGACAUCCCCGACAUCAACUACGCUCCCAGCAGCAUCCUGGAGUCUCUGGAAACGCACAUGAAUGGCCUGGAGGACAUAAAGGGUGGCAAGAAGGGGUCUCCGACUAAGGGUUCUCCCACAAACAACGUGUCGCCAACUUCCACUCCGGCCAAAUCCUCAAACGCGGUCCCCGCGCUGCAGCCCCCGCCCGGGGAGAGCGCAGCCGCCGCUCCGGCUGCACCCGAGCCAGCGGAAGAUUCCUUGUUGGACCUGGAUCCUCUGUCCUCCUCUGGGCCCCCAGCAGCCUCUGCCGGUCCCACGUCCUGGGGAGACCUUCUCGGAUCAGAAAUGGGCGAUUCCUUGCUAGCCGAGCCCACCCUGGCAGCGGAGGCCGCCGCCUCCUCCCCUGCCGCCUCUGCGCCCGCCCCCGCGGCACCAGAAGCUGGAGUCCCUCUAGCUCCUCCCACUAGCACAGCGGCCGCCACCUCCCCUGGCGCCACCAAUAUGGAUCUGUUAGGAGAUGCCUUCGCCACACCUGCCACCGCCGCCGAGGCCUCUGCCGCGGUAGCCGAGGGCGGAGCCGCCGCAACGCCCGCCGCAGGAGCUGCAGCCGGAGCUGCGGAUUUAUUCGACUCCUCAGCCAUCCCACCCAUCCAUUCUUCCGCACCCCCACCCAAAACUGACAGCAAAGACAUCAUGAGCCUAUUUUGUGAGUCCACUGGUAGCGGAGGAGGCGAUGCCGCGGCGGCCGCUGCCGCCACCCCCGGAGCGGAACUCAUAUCAGCACUUGGUGGCUUAGGGGAUGUAAUGAAGCCCACCCUGACCCCCCAGGCGGGCGAUGUUGACACCUCCAUGGCUAACGUGGCGAGUAAUCUGACGAUGGGAUCCCCAGCGGCCCCUCAGGUAGCUCCCCCCUGCUGGGGUGCCCCCAUGCCAUUUAUGGGGACUCACCCAGGCUACGGAAUGCCUGGGGCACCGGGUGUUGGAGCUCCCAUGAUGCCUUUGGUUAGGCCGGGCUUCCCUGCCACCGGCGCCCCGAUGUCCCCUGGAAUGACUCAGAGCCCCAGAAAGCCUCCCCCACCGAGGAACGCUCUGGAUGACCUUAACAUCAAGGACUUCAUGUAGGCCGGCACGCAGACCUUCUAAAAGGUGGUAUCGUGUGGCGCUCUGGAUGUCUGCACUGUCCCACUGCCGCCCUUCAGUCACGCCCUCAGACGAUCAGCGCCCCCCCCCCCCCUUACCCCUUACCAGAGGCUGCAACCCCUCGAAAACACCCCGUCGCUCCACCUCCUACCCCAUAUUGUACUGUUGUAGCACAACUGUGAAUGUGAACCCUAGAUACAGAACACCGUUUUGUGUGUGAGUGUGUGCGUGUGUGUGUGUGUGUAUCAGUGUUAAACUUUACUUAAUAUAUUACGGCGGGUGGGGGGAUGGGGGCGGAGACAAAGGAAAAAAAAUGAAUGCGUAUUUCGAAUGGUAAGGUGGUUUUCUUUAUGCAUCUCGCAAACAAGGACCGUGUUCUUCAUUGUGGACUGUGUUUCGGUGUGUGUAACUUCACUGCCCCUCCCCCCAAACCCCCUACUACUUCUUUAUCAUCCCAACUAAUACUGAGCUCACUCCUCGUCAUCCCAGCUAAUACUGAGCUACGCGUGUGCGUGUGUGUGUAUGUAUGUGUGUGUGAGAUGGUUCAGUACGUCAAGCUUCGCCACCCACACUCCCCAUUUGGUCACGAAAAAAUGCAAAUAUGACAUUAUCUACGCUUUGUUUUUACUUUUGUGAUCUUUGGAAUUCAAUAGAAAACAUGCAUCAAUUUGCAGUCAAAUCGACAUCUGCAUUUUGGACUACUUUCAUGAUAGAUUCAACUUAUUUUCUUUAUUUUGGGGACAAAAUAUCAUAUAUUUUUAGUUACAAAUGUUGGGGGAAGCAUACCUGUCAGAAAAACAUACCUGUCGUGUUUUGUAGAAGCAGUAUUGAUUUCAAAAACAUUGCUGGCUGGUUGAUAUGCCACCCCCUGCUGGUGUGGAGUGCCUAGGGAUGAAAUAAGAAGUUGGUAGCAUUUGUGCAUGCGAUUGGAUUGACUGCCUUCGGUACAUUUGCUCACUGGGAAGACCCGCUGUAAAGCACUCACGUAUACGCUGGAUGUUCUGUGUGUUGUUUCUUCUCCCCCCCCC